AUGCCAGUUCCAGCAGACUCAGUCCUGGCCCAGGUCACAGGCAAUGAGGACAGCGGGCCACUGCUGCUGAAGCACCAAGUGGGCUGGGCAGAGGGUUUGCUGGGCUGGCUUUGCUUUCCCUGUGGGGCCACAGCUCCGUUGACCAGUAAGUGGCCAGGAGACUUGCAAGGAUUGGCGAUUGGUGCAGAAGACCCCGAUGACGACAAGGGCUUUGUGGACCUGGUCACCAAAGUUUGCUUCAAAGACACCCACCCCAAGUUUCCCACUGGAGGGAAGAUGUCCCAGUACCUGGAAAACAUGAAGAAUGGAGACACCAUUGCGUUCCAGGGCCUGAAUGGGCUGCUGGUCUACCAGGGCAAAGGAAAGUUUGCCACAUGCCCAGACAAGAACUCUAACCCCAUCAUCAAGACAGUGAAGUCUGUGGGCACGGUCAUGGGAGGAACAGGCAUCACCCUGAUGCUGCAGGGGAUCCACACCAUCACGAAGGGCCCGGACAACCAGACCAUGCACCACCUGCUCUUCACCAAACAGACCGAGAAGGACGUCCUGCGGUGGCCUGAGCUGGAGGCACUGAGGGACACACAUUCUGGGCGCUUCCAGCUCUGGUACAUGGUGGGCAGAGCCCCUGAAGCCUGGGACUACAGCCAGGGCUCUGUAAAUGAUGAGAUGAUGCGGGACCACCUCCCACCCCUGGAGGAGGAGCUGCUGGUGCUGAUGUGCGGACCCCCACCCACGAUCCAGUAUGCCUGCCUCCCCAGCCUGGUGUGGGGGCACCCCAAGGAGCACUGCUUUGCCUUCUGAUGGCCGGGCCCCCUGCCCUUGCUUCCUGUGCCCUGCCUGCACCCAGCCAUCCUGUGUGGUUCCUUAACAUCACUGUCCCCCACAUCUGCUGUGGCCGGGUUCAGCCUGGCUUGCCCAUGCCUGGGAGGUCACCCCACUGGGCUGGUCCCUGAAGGUCCCGUCUGGGAGCAGGGCUCUAUUACAGGUAGGGCUGCCGUUGGCCACGUUCAAGACAGAUUCCUGUCUGGGCCUCAGUGAUUCUUACUGGAGAUGCCUGGCCCCCGGCCUCCCUACCCAUGCCCACACUACUGGGCCGAGGCUGCCAGCACCAUGCUCCCCACCCUUCCUGGAGUGCACCACACUCUGGAAAUAAACAUAAAUAUAUGGGCAGCCCACAGCUGCAGGUGCCAGACCCACAGCCACUGCCUCAGGACCCUUGCCUACUGCCCCGCCUGCUUCAAGGCCACAGCCAGACCUUCGCACCUGACACUACAUGAUAGGUAACACCAAAAAGUCCUCCUGGCAAGAGCUGCUGUGGGUGAGAGACUGCCCCCACCCCAGGGCCCAGCAGGCCCGGCCAGCAGGGAGCAGGGCUCUCCCUGGGGCUGGAGUAGGAGGGGCCGGCUGGCCGAGGGCCCUUCUAGCUGGCACACGGGCCUCCUGAAGCCUGUUUCCCCAGCACAGCCAGACAUUAGGGCAGCCUUAGGAAGUCCA